CCUUUGAAAAGUAAAUAAUCUUCCUUCUUCGAAGUCUAAAAGUCUGUGUUCUUAAUAUGGCUUGGACUUACAAACAAAUAGUGCUUGCCGUAAUGAUGGUUGUAACGGGUUCUAUAAACACUAUUUCAACGAAAUGGGCAGAUAGACAGAGUGCAGUUGGAAGAGAUGGAAAUAAUCACUCAUUUGAUCAUCCAUUCCUGCAGGCAGUUGGGAUGUUUUUGGGUGAAUUUUCCUGCCUCAUAGCAUUCCAAAUAAUAAAGCUGUAUCAUCGAGUGCGCCAUACAGAGCAGGAACAGAAUCUGGGAAACCAGGGCUUCAAUCCCCUAAUCUUCCUGCCUCCUGCGAUUUGUGACAUGUGUGGGACAUCACUAAUGUAUAUCGGACUUAAUUUAACCUAUGCUUCAAGUUUCCAGAUGUUGAGAGGUGCGGUCAUCAUCUUUACAGCACUCCUCUCAGUGGCUUUCCUUGGCUCAACAAUUCGUAAAAUGAUGUGGGCAGGCAUUUUUACUGUCCUGCUUGGUCUGGCAAUGGUAGGAUUGUCAGAUAUUUUAUUUGGAGAUCAGUCUGCACAGACAGACACAAAUGGAAUCAUUGCAGGUGAUUUGUUGAUUAUAAUGGCCCAGAUCAUUGUUGCGGUACAAAUGGUGUACGAGGAGAAGUUUGUCACUAGAUACAGCAUUCCAGCCAUGCAGGCUGUGGGGUGGGAAGGUUUUUUCGGGUUCACUGUUCUUGGACUUUUGAACAUUGUAUUCUUCUAUAUUGAUGCUGGUGCCUUCAGCAAAUUACCAAAUCAAAAGUUAGAAGAUCCUGUUGAUGCUUUUAUACAGAUUGGAAAUAGCUGGAUUAUUUUACUAGCAACAGUUGGAAAUAUUGUGAGUAUAGCAUUCUUCAACUUUGCUGGUAUUAGCGUUACAAAGGAACUAAGUGCUACAACACGCAUGGUGCUAGACAGCAUACGAACUCUUUUCAUCUGGAUGUUAACACUUUUCUUGGGCUGGCAAGGUUUCCAGGUGCUGCAGUUGAUUGGUUUUUUCAUUUUAUUAUCUGGAAUGUGUCUAUACAACAACAUCAUCAUAGUCCCAAUCAUACAACAUAUCCGCGAGAGGCGCGCACAAUAUCGGAACCUGAGGGAUAUAGGAGGUGAAAAUGACAGACUUAUCAAUGACCCACCAACAGCAGGAGGAAGUGGUUUCAAUGAUCCGGCCUCAACCUAACAGUCAGUCAGCCAACAGGAAGUACACUGGAAUAGGUUGACCAACAUUGACAUUUGUACAGUUCUGUGAUACUAAACUUUCAUAUAACAUAAAUAACAGAGUCUUCCGGUGGGUGCUUAGGACUCGAUUCUUUGGCUCUUCAUUUGAUAGUAAGAGCUAGAUUCACUUUUUGCACAGAAUACCUUUUCAACAAAACAUUAGUUUAUCAGUAUUUAUUUUACAUAUAGCUGGGGACAAUUAAAAAAGAUAACUCUUAAUAAUCUCUUCAUAAAGUCAAGAAAUGUAAGUGAUGUUCAAUAGCAAUCCCAAUACCCUUACCAAGUAAGGCCCUUAGGAAGCCAUGUUUUCUUAGUUUUACUAUUUGGUCAAAGGCCAAUCCUAGUGUUUCUGUUGUUAAUCAUUUUCCCAUCAUUUAGAAAUCUACAAAUUCUUCUGUUCUCUUACUGAAUAUUUUUAUCUUGAAAUGAUACAGAAAUAAACAAACAGGUAAGAAUCUUGUAAAUUUUUAAAGGAUCUCAAGUCAGGGAGGAGAUCGAAGGAGGGGACGUAAAAAAAAAAAAAAAAAAAGCACCCUACCAGAAUUAACCCACUGUAUGGACUUAUUCUCAUAUGCCUGGUAUUGCAUUGGAGCGACUAAUCACAGUAAAUUUUAGAAAAAGUUAUUGAUGUUUAUGUACAGUAAUGGAUAUUCCAUUUCACAUUUUUCAGUUCAAAUCGCAAUAAGUUUUUCUUAAUGAUUUAUUAAUAUGUUAGAAAGGAAAUGUUUGUCAGGAGAUGAAUGUUCAAUUUAUGAGAUUUUGACGUCAUGGUAAAAUAGCAAACCAUACUUUCUAAGAGAAGGCAACACUUUUGAUAAACAUACAUGUAUACUAUAGCUUUUAAAAAAUUCACAAUUUCAUCACUUUAAAUUCUGAUGAAAUAACUUCAUAAUUGUCACUUUUUCCUUUAUAAUUAAAUAGUUUUUUUUUGUUAACAUAUUUAAUUUGUAAGAUGUACAUGUAUAACUUAUUUUGUGUUGUUUUUGGUCGCCUGAGUAUUUCAGGAAAGCUGAUGUUUAUCCAUUGUCAUUUGUCGUGCAUAUAAACUUUUCUUGAUCUUUUCAACUUUUCAAGAACCACCAAGUAAUUUAAACCAAACUUGCCUAGCUUCAUCCUUGGUUGAUGGAGAUUUUAUAUGAUGGCAAUGCCCAUACAAGUUCACUCUACCGCUUUAGGCGGAAGUCAACCUCUUUUUAACUCCAUCUCCCACCUACUGGAAAAAAGUUGCUGCCUGAUACUCAGGUGACUGUUAUUGCCCAUGAGUCUCUGUCUUUUUUUUUUUUUUGAAGCAUUAGUGCAAUACUGAGCUCAAAAAGCUUGAAAACCUCUUUACAACUUUUAUCAUACCUCCACAAAGAGUAAAUCCAGGGGGGGAUGUUUUUUUCCAUUAUUUCUUUGUUCUGAACUUCUGAUAUCAUAAUACAGGUAGAGUUAAAAGCACAGGUAUGAAAUAUUUUUUAUUAUAUAUAGUAUGUGUAUAUUUAUGUUCUGAUUUGUAUCACAGUUGAGAUGUUUUUAUAGUAGAGCCUGUAUGGGUUAAUGUCUCACAACCUUUUCAUUUCUUUAAUGCAAUCAAGGGACGCACAAAGGGGCCGAGGCCCAUUGCUUUUAAGAAAUGGAGAAGUAUUUUGACCCACUUAAAAUCCAAUGCUUUCAAUUUUUAUAUUAAUUAUUAUUUGUGUAAUAUGAUAUAUACAUGUUUUAAUUAAUGUUAAAUAUACAUCUAGAUAAUUGGUAAAUAUUUUUUUUUUGCAAAGAAAGUGUUGUGAAGAUUUUCGUUAUCAUUUCAACAUUGGAGAGCAUCUGUUACCGUUAUAGUACCUGCAUGGUUUGAUACCUAGCUUUGCCACAGUUUUUAAAUUAAUAUGUGAAUAAUUUUCUAACUCUUGCUAAGUUGUCGCAAUAAUUAAGCUUAAUUAACCCCAGUAGAGGAACAGGAAAUAGAAAUUGUAGAUGAUAAAGGAAAGUGCAUGAGUUGUCCACGUGGUGAAUUAUUUGAAACUCUCCAUUCAGGAAAAAAAACUCAAACACAAGAGGAAUGUAACAAGUGGAUUUUAAUAUUUCUUGAAAGAAUAUGUAUCUGUGUGUACAUAUGCAAGUAUUAUAUAUGAUUGUCAGACUGUUGACCUGUAUUUGUUAAUUUUAUUUUAUCCAAUUGUAAGUACAUAUACAUGUGCACAAAGAUGUAUAAAACACUUUGAACUUGUUAGUUAGGAGCUAUAUUCAUUUAUUUUAUUGACAAGAGACAUAAACUUGUGAAAGAAUGCUUGUUGAGAAUGUUGAUUAUUUUAAUUAUUAAAUACAUUAAUUUAAUUAA